AUGGAUUAUAUUCAUAAAUCAGGUGCAAAAAAGAGAAAAGAACGAGACUUACGAGAAAAAGCUGCAAAAAAGGGGCAAACUACUCUUGACCAUGUAAGUUUUUUUACUAAACUCACUGAUUCUCCAACCUCUGUAAAUCAAGAAACUCUUCAAACAUUUCAAAAUUCUCCCAUCAUUCCUAGUACAAUAGUUGAUAAACUACAAACAUACCAAAAUCCAUCUAGCUCAACCAAAUCUGACCAACCGGGAACUAUUUGCUCUAUGUUAAUAACUAGUGCCGAAACAUUUACAAGCAUUAAUAUUGACGAGAAAAAAUCUAAAACUGUUAAUACUUUAUUUACAAUUACAGAUCCAAAACAUCCCGGCAGUUCUAAGCCUUACGAUUUUGACGUAGGACAGUUUGAAUUUUUAAUUUUAAAACAAGAUGAUAUAAGUCAGGCAGUCCUUCCUGGUCCUUCUCCCCACCCACCUUAUUUCCCAGAAGAUAAAGAAGGGCGUGCUUUUCCUCGUUCUGUUUUAACGUAUACACUUCAAAAUAAUGAAAAAAUAUGCAGAGAUUGGCUUGUAUGGAGUAAGAUUAAAAAAUCACUGUAUUGCUUUCCGUGUAGGUUAUUUAGUAAACUACCACAACCAAGUAGAUCAAUGUUGUCAACUCCUGAAGGAUAUUCUGCAGACAACAAGUGGAAAAAAUUACAUGAUAGAAUAACACCUUAUGAAAACAGUGUCAAUCACAAAAUGUGUUAUGUAGAAUGGCGUUGUCUGGAGUCUCGUAUAGAUAAUGUAGUGAUUUUUCUAGGAGAACGAGGCCUAUCAUUUAGAGGGGACAGUCAUCUUGUAGGGAACCCACAUAACGGUAACUUCUUAGGUAUUCUAGAGUUAUUAAGUAAUUAUGAUCCCUUGUUGAAAGAGCAUAUGAGUAAAGUCAGAGAGUCUCAGUCAACUCAUAGCCGUAUGCAAGUACACUACCUUUCCCCUGACAGUCAAAACGAAUUUAUUAAAUGUUGUUCUAACCAUGUUACACAAGCUAUUUUGAAAGAAAGAGAAGAUGCUAAGUACUACUCAAUUAUUGUAGAUGCAACUCCAGACUCAUCUCAUCGAGAACAGACCGUAUUUAUAUUGAGAUAUCUGACUUUAUGUUCCACAGAUCAGAGUUCUGAGUAUGAAGUACAAGAACGUUUUCUUGCUUUUGUAGAUUGCAACAAAAAAACCGGUGAGGCAAUAGCAGAGCUUAUCCGGAGUACUCUAGCUGAGCAUCAUAUUCUACUAAGUGAUUGCCGUGGUCAAGGAUAUGACAAUGGUAGUAACAUGAGUGGACAGUAUAAAGGUGCGCAGAGUCGAAUUAUGAAAGAAAAUUCUCUAGCUCUUUUUUCACCAUGUGCCUGUCACAGUUUGAAUCUUUCUAGCCCUCAGAAAUGGGAAAUCUUGCAAGGACAUCUGAAAUGUUCACUUCACAACAUGUCUGAUACAAGAUGGUCUUCAAGAAUUGAAUGUGUCAAGCCAUUUUCUAUGAACAUAGUAGGCAUUAAAGAGGCGAUCAAAGAGGUUCAAAAUCUUAAUCUAACUGCUGAAACUUUAAAUGAUCUUAGGGGAUUUUCCAAGUAUGCCGAUUCAUUUGAAUGUGUAAUUAUGGCCUCUAUUUGGUUUAAAGUGCUGACCACAAUCGACUAUAGAAAUAAAGUCUUACAAACAAGAAAAUGUACAAUUGACGUGGAAGUGAAAAAUUUAGACAGCUUGAUAAAUGAUUUGACACAUUUAAGAAAUAACUGGGAAAUGAUUUUGGAAGAGUGUAAGCUUGUUGGUGGAAAUAUAAAUAGUGCAAUAACCUUUCCAAAAAAACGUACCAUAAGAAAGAAACUAGCUGAUGGGUCAACUCAAGUAGAUGAUUGCAACCGAGAAGAGAAGAUUAAGCAGGUGUUUUAUACUAUAAUUGACUGUGUGAUAGCCAAUAUUACAGUACGGUACACUGCUGUUCGAAACAUAGAUGAAAUGUUUAAUUUUCUAUGGAAAUUUCCAAAAUUUUCAACUGCAGAACUUGCUGAAAAAUCAAACACAUUUGUCAAUUUGUAUAGCAGUGACGUUUCUAGAGAUCUGGUGGAAGAAAUUAAUCACUUGAAAUCAAUUCAGGCAGCUAACUUCAAAAAUGACCUUUCACCUCUUAAUCUCCUUAACACACUAGAAAAACAAAAACUGAAAAGCAUUUUUCCAAAUGUAUGUAUUGCUCUGAGGUUAUUCUGCACACUGCCAGUGACUGUAGCUGAAGCAGAAAGAUCUUUCAGCACACUAGCAAGAGUAAAGAACUUUCUCCGAUCAACCAUGGCUCAAAAUCGACUUUCAAGUUUGGGCACACUUGCUAUGGAACCUGAUCUUGCUAGACAAUUGGAUUAUAAUAGCAUUAUCGAUACUUUUGCAAACAAAAAAGCUAGAAAAGCUAUUUUUUAA